AUGUCUUACGAUAGAGUAGAUAAUUAUAGUGCUCCAGCUAUUGCACCAUCAGAUGGAGGUGAUGAUUCUCAUAAUGAAAUCUUGAAGUCAUUUAAAUCAUUCAUUUUAGAAUUCAGAUUGAAUAAUCAGUUCAUUUAUAGAGAUCAGUUAAGAGAGAACUUAUUGAUCAAGAACUAUUUUUUGAAAGUCAAUAAUGAACAUUUGAUUGGGUUUAAUGAAGAAUUGAAUAAGAAAUUACAUGAUGAUCCAACAGAAAUGAUACCAAUCUUUGAAAAUGCUAUUACUGAAAUUGGUAAAAGAAUAGCUUAUUUAUCAACUGAUGAGAAUGAAGUUCCUAGUAAUUUCCCCCAAUGUCAGUUGAUUUUAUAUUCCAUUGCUAAUAAAACUUCCAUUAGAGAUUUGGAUAGUGAAAAUAUUUCCAAAAUUGUUAGAGUUAGUGGGAUUAUUAUCUCAUCAUCAGUAUUAUCAUCAAGAGCUACCAAAGUUCAAAUUAUUUGUAGAAAUUGUAAACAUACUAUGAAGAUGAGUGUUAGUCCUGGGUUUGGUAACUUACAAUUACCUAAGAAAUGUCAAGGAUCUCAUAAUUUCGAUGAUAAUUCCACCCAACAAAAAUGUCCCAAUGAACCUUAUACCAUUGUUCAUGAUAAAUCCACUUUCAUUGAUCAACAAAUUUUGAAAUUACAAGAAACUCCAGAUAUGGUACCUGUUGGGGAAAUGCCUAGAACCAUUCUUUUACAAAGUGAUAGAUAUUUAACCAAUCAAGUUGUUCCAGGUACCAGAGUAACCAUUAUUGGGAUUUAUUCAAUUUUUGAAAAUACUGGUAAAAAAGUUAGGAAUGGUAAUGUCAACACUGUUGCUUUGAGAAAUCCAUAUUUAAAGAUUUUGGGUAUUCAAACCGAUAUUGAAUCAAAUAACUCUAACUUAAUCUUUACUGAAGAAGAAGAGGAAGAAUUCAUUAAAUUGAGUAGAUUACCUAAUUUAUAUGAAGUUUUCUCAAGUUCAAUUGCUCCUUCAAUUUAUGGUAAUAAUGACAUUAAAAAGGCCAUUACUUGUUUGUUAAUGGGAGGAUCUAAAAAGAUUUUACCUGAUAAUAUGAGAUUAAGAGGUGAUAUCAAUGUGUUAUUAUUGGGGGAUCCAGGUACUGCUAAAUCUCAAUUAUUAAAAUUCGUUGAAAAAGUUAGUCCUAUCUCUGUUUAUACUUCAGGUAAAGGUUCCUCAGCAGCAGGUUUAACUGCUUCAGUUCAAAGAGAUUCAGUUACGAGAGAUUUCUAUUUAGAAGGAGGAGCUAUGGUCUUAGCUGAUGGUGGGGUUGUUUGUAUUGAUGAAUUUGAUAAAAUGAGAGAUGAAGAUAGAGUAGCUAUUCAUGAAGCUAUGGAACAACAAACCAUUUCUAUUGCUAAAGCUGGGAUUACAACUGUUUUGAAUUCUAGAACUUCAGUUUUAGCAGCAGCUAAUCCAAUUUUUGGAAGAUAUGAUGAUUUGAAAUCUCCUGGUGAAAACAUCGAUUUCCAAUCAACCAUUUUGUCUCGUUUUGAUAUGAUUUUUAUUGUUAAAGAUGAUCAUAAUGAAAAUAGAGAUAUCUCAAUUGCUCAACAUGUUAUGAAUGUUCAUACUGGUAAUUCAUCAGCCAACACCAAUCAUAAUGAAGAAGGAGAAAUUCCAAUUGAAACAAUGAGACGUUAUAUUCAAUAUUGUAAGAAUAAAUGUGCACCAAGAUUAACUCCUGAAGCUGCAGAAAGAUUAUCAUCACAUUUCGUUUCCAUUAGAAAGAAGUUACAAUUAAAUGAAGCUGAUAUGAAUGAAAGAUCUUCUAUUCCAAUUACCGUUAGACAAUUAGAAGCUAUCAUUAGAAUAACAGAAUCUUUAGCUAAAUUAGUUUUAUCACCAAUUGCUACUGAAGACCAUGUUGAAGAAGCUAUUAGAUUAUUUACUGCCUCCACCAUGAAUGCUGUUGAUCAAGGUAUCAACAAUGGAAUGGUAACCAACUCAGAAUUGAAUAAAGAAAUUGAAAAAGUCGAACAAGAGUUGAGAAGAAGACUACCAAUUGGUUGGUCAACUGCUUAUAGAACAUUAAGAAGAGAAUUGGUAGAGAGUGGUAAAGCUAGUGCUAAUGCUUUAGAUAAAGCAUUAUUGAUAAUGGAAAGACAUGAAAUUAUUAGAUUUAGACACCAACGUCAAAAUAUUUUACGUGUAGGAGUUUAG